AUGGCCCACUUUCCGAACCUUUCUCGUGCCACGGAGGAGGCAGCUUCACACAGCUUUCCCAUUCUUUCUCAAUCAGUGCAUGCAUUGAAGCUUGCUGAGGUCUUCCGAACCUAUUUCGCUUUGACGCAGGCAGCCAGUGAGAGCUUGGCUACAGAGGUGGAGGCAGUGACAAGGAUUCAGAGCGUCUUCCGUGCCUCCAAGAUUCGGCGGAGCUGGCGCGCCGUCGUGGGGGCCACGCUGAUGAUCCAGCGCGCGGUCCGUGGCUGGUCUGGACGGCGGAAAGCGCGCAGUCUCCGCUUCCAGCGCCUUAGGCAUCUCCAGAACCUGUUUUUCAAGCAGUCUGCUGUCGUGAUCCAGCGCUUCUUCCGCGGCUGGUGGAGCCGGAGGCAUUUGCAUGAUUUCCAGGGGAGGAAGAGGUACAUAGGCAGGUGCGCGCAGCGCGGCGAGUGGACCCACACGUAUUUAGCUCACGAGCACCGGGAGCGGCUGGCACUGGCCAAAAUGGAGGAGGAACAACAGAUGAGGCGUGAGUUUCGAGCUGUUGCGGGAGAGAUCCACCACCUGGUCAGCACCAAAAGUGUUCCAGGUGUGUACAAUCCGCCCUACAACGACCACCUCCCCCGCGCCUUCGACAAGCCGAUCGAGCAGCACUUGCGAGAGUCUUUGCGGGUGCAUCUGCCCAUGUCCAUGCGCCGGCCUCGGCGUGUGCACACGGAGGCAAGCAGGCCGCAGCUGCAGCCACAGGGUGCCCGCAUGGGAGUUUCGCAAGCUGAGCAGAUGGCCGACCUGGCAGUAUCCGGGCCACCACAAGAGCUGCCAGACCGUGUGCCGUGUGCUUCCAGGACAGCUAGCACGGGCCGAUGCCAGCGGGUUCAAGGUCCUUUCAGGUCACGGGAGCAGAUCGAGGUCGCCAAUGUGAAGGCUGCCAACCUCUACAAGUCAGUGCAGGCCUCCUCGCCUUAUGACGCUGUAGAACGCGACCAGAAGAUGCAGAACAAGUUGACGAAGAUGCUGCGCACCUCGCCGGAAGACUUCUUGGCGCCUGGGCGUGCGGCUGAGCGCCCGCCACCUGCCAGCGUUCACACGUCGGUGCCGUACCUGGAGCGCCCCUUUCAGCUGCGCAAUGACUAUCUGGAGCUUCCCAAGAUCAGGGACAAGCCACCUUUUUACACGGCAUUCCCAAACAACAAGAACUUCCAGGAGCUCCAGGAGCAGCCUUUGCUGCCUUGCGGCCAUGUUUGA